GUUGCCUGAACCUUUGCCACCCAUCCCUGACCCUCACUUUGCCGCUGGGAGGCACUGAACAGAGAAACUGCCUUGUAACAGGUCCCGCCCCUCUCUCUACUCCCUUUCUUAUAUCAAGAGGGGAAAAACACGGAACUACCUCUACCCAAUCUGGUCACCAUACGCCUAUUAUCUUUACUGUUACAAAUACCGGAUCACCCUCCGGGAGAAGAUGCUGCCUUGUUGUUAUAAAAGCAUUACUUAUAAGGAAGAGGAGGACCUGACACUCCGGCCACGCUGCUGUCUCCAGUGCUCCUGAGUCCCCAGCGGGGCUCCAGGCGGGCAGAAGCACUGAGCAGGGAAAAGACCAAGACCAGCUUCAAGUACUAUACUCAGCUGGGAACCUGACAGUGCUUUCUACCAACCCCCUGCUCCACCAGGAUCCAGUACAAAUAGACUUCCACUUCCGUCUCACCCCCAACACCUCUGUCCAUUGGCACGGCCUUCUGUGUGACCACCGACUCUUCCUGGAUAUCCCAUACCGGGCCUUGAACCAAGGCAGCCGAGAAAGUUUGACAGCAACACUGGAGUAUGUGGAGGAGAAGACCAAUGUGGAUUCCGUGUUUGUGACCUUCCAAAACGACCGGAAGGACAAAGGUGACCUGCUGCGGGCCUUCAGCUACAUGGGCUUUGAUGUGGUCAGACCAGAUCACCCUGGCCUUCCUCUCUGGGAAAAUGUCAUCUUCAUGGUAUAUCCCCUUGAAAGGAACCAUGGCCACUGGCCCACUGAGCCUCCCUAAACAUGCUUAUUCCAACUCUGUGAGGAGCUGGAGCUGUGACACACAGAACUCAAGGGCCUAGGAUGUAAUUUAGGACCUCAUCAUCCUAGGAAUAAAAGGAUAGUGCAAUCA